AUGAUACUACAAGUGCACUGCAGCAAAAGGUUGCUAACUGUGGUUUGUGGAUGUGCAAUGUUGCAGGCAGAUGCUGGCACAUCUUUAUUUGCCAUCCUGGAAUCUGCGAAGACACCACCCGAAAAGCUCCAGUCGUUCUGUGAGGAGUUUACCAAUCAGGAUCCCCGGGUCGUUUGGCCAUGGCAGUGCCUCUGGCGAGUACACUCGAUGACCGGGCAGCACCAAAAGGCAAUGGCGGCCAUGCAUGUUGUGCUGCGUGCACGUCCCACUGAUGCCGGUGUCUGGGAGAAGCUGGCCGCCACGUAUCAGCAAAUGGGCCGUGCAACUGCAGCCCUGAAGUCAUUCGACCAUGCUGCUGAACUCGGUGGCCAGCGGUUGUUCUCCAUCACCCAAGCUGCAUCACUUCGAUCUGACCUUGGCCUGCUCACAGAGGCUGUGCAAGGUUUUGGGGCUGCACUCGAUAUCUGCAGAGACUUUGCACCUGCACUUCUGGGUUUGGGACAAACGUACCUGGCUUCAGCACGCAAGGAUUUUCAGCAAGGGGCAGUUUGUUCAGCAACUAUGCUGGUAGAAAAGGCCAGGUCAAUUGCCCUGCAGUGUGCAAGGCAACAUGGAAACCUCAAGAGUGCUUGGAAACUGCUUGGCGACCUAGAAUUUGAGCUGCAGUGCAUCGCUCCUGUGAAGCGACAAUCACACAAGGCUGCUCAAUAUGCAUACGCCCAUGCUCUACACUUGGACCCAACACAGGCGCACCUGUGGGGCAACGUUGCCCAUGCAUGCCAUAGACAGGCAAUGUUCAUCCAGGAGAUGGACAGUGCCAGAUCAGAGAAAUUGUUAUCUUUGUCUGCAUCUCUGCUUCAAGGAGGCAUCAGAUUGGAGCCGAGGGCAGCAGGUCUUUGGGAAGCUUUGGGGUAUGCUUCUCAGGACCUUGGUGUUCAAGAGUAUGCCUUGUCAAGGGCGCUGCAGUUGAAUCCCAAGCAAGUCACAGCAUGGGUCGGAUUGGGACAAUUGUACUUGGCUAUUGGUGCCACAGGCAUGGCAGACAAGUGCUUUGAGAAUGCAAGAUUCCACGAUCCUGAGAAUGUUGCUGUGUGGCAAGGCAUGGCUGCUCUGGCUAAACUUGGCCCCACUGCCAUGAAGAGCUCAUUGGAGUUUUUCGAGCACGCCGUUGGGCUGGGCGGUAGCCCUGAGUCGAUCUUGGGGUUUGCCGUUGGCGGCGUGGCCUCAUCCCGGGCACAUGACCCUGCCGUUUACUUGGCUGCUCGGAAAGCUGUUGAGUACUAUCCUGUAAAUGGAGCAGCCUGCAAUGCACUGGGUCUGUGCCAAGAGGCAAGGGGUAGCUAUCACAGUGCUGCACAUUCUUUCAGAAUGGCACAAGAAAUGGAGCAGGCAAAGGGUUCAGACAUGGCAGUAAAUGAGGAUCUGAAACUGAAUCUGGCAAGAGCCCUAUGCAAAGCUGGUGAUAUCAGGGAUGGCGUGCUUUUGUAUGAUGGACUAGAACAGGACGGUACACUGAUGCGCAAACCAGCUGCAAUGGUCCUUUAUGCUUUUGCAUUGUUUCAGGCCGGUAACUGUGCAAAGGCCAGGGACAUGUUGUCCAGGGUGAUGGCAACUGACUCUUCGGCACCGUUGCUGUCUGAGACGGUGAAAUCUCUUGUUUAUCUUCACAUCGCUGAAGGAAACCUGGGCCAAGCAAUUAGAUUGGUGGAAGAUGUGAUAAAGAGGCUUCUUGUCCAAUCCUCUCAGCAAACAGAUGAAGUGAGCCAUCAAGUUGCUCGUGCUACGCUGGCUGUUGUGGCAGGUUGCAUAUUUCACAAACAACCUGAGAAACUGGGGAGGGCAGAAAAAUGCUGUUCGGACUACACUGACAAUUUAGGCACAGAUCAGUUCCAGGUGCGGACUGAUGUCCUGCUUUUGAAGACUUUGCACCUGUCCAGCCUGCACCAGCCUGUCCAGGCACUUCGGCAUAUUGCGAAGGCUGUACACCUCGAUCCAAGAUCGGUGAUGCAUGGAUUGCAGCUGGCAAAUGUGGGUCUAAAGAAGUCCAGGAUGUACGCACUUCCAUCGCUGGCAUUCUGUCCAUACCAGGCUCUGUCUCUUGAUGGGCCUUUGCUUGUGGAUGGAGAGCAAGCACCCGCUGGGGCUUCAAUCUUUGCCAUGAUUGGGAGAGCUUCAAGUGCUGUUGGCCAUCUAUCAAUGCAGGGAAGGACAAAAAGGGCCUUUGUGCAGAUUCAGCAGUGUAUCCACAUUCAUCCUGCCAGUGUGGUGGCCAGGUAUGUGCUUGCACUGCUGUCUUUCCAGAUGGCAGUUCAAGGAGGAAGGGCUGAUGGCUACACAGUUGCCCGUGAGCAUUGCAGAACUGCAUUGGUGCUUUUGCAGGGGGCUGGCACCUCUUCCACGGACACAUCUGCAUGCCUUGGCUCAAUGGUGCUGCGACUGCUCAUCACCCAAAGCGAGUGCGCUUUGCAGAGUAACAGGCCUGAGAUGCAGGCAGUGGCGGCAGACACUGCUCAGCAGAGUCUGGACUUUGCACUCACGAAUGGUCUGGGAGUUGGGCCCUGCCAUUGUCAAAUUGGCCGCGUGCAUUGGGCACAGAACAGGUCCAAGGAAGCGGAGGUCGCUUUCCAGGAGGCUGUCAAGGACCGUGGUUUGGUUGCCGCUUUGGUGCAGCUAGCCCAACUGCUGGAGUUGGAGGGUCGACACAAGGAGGCUAGUCACUUGCUUCAGGCAGCUGUGGAGGCACCUCAGACAAGUCCACCCUCUUACGUGGCUGCUCCAAUUCACCCUGCUUUUGCUGGUCACCCCAUUCUUGGAAGGAGUACUAUCUCGAGUCCACACCAGCCACCACCAGUAUCCCAGACGACCUCACUUGGCAAUCUGUCCCAGACCAUUGUUCUGGGGGCAGCUUCCCUGUCUCUGGCACGUGCAGGAGAUUGGGGAGCUGCAAGAAAUCUUCUGGGUCCGGGGAACAGCAGUGAAACACUGCGAUUGCUCCAUGCAUAUUAUGCCUUGGGCAUGGGAGAAGGAUUGGGAGAGAAGGCAGGGAAGAAGCAUGUGAAGGAAGGAUGGAAAGAGUUGUCAAGUAUAGACCAUAAGCAAUUGGGUGCAGUUGCAUUGUUGUGGCUGUCAAAGGCAACCAGAUUGCUUGGAAAGGAUGCCAGUCAAUACAAAGAGGCACUCCAGAUGGAACUCAGGGGCACUCUUUCCCCAUCUCUGGCGUCAGCAUUGUGCAACGAAUUGGCGGCCGUGGCUGGCGAUGACCGGUGGAAACGGAAGGGCACGCAUUUGCAACCCUGGUACUUGCAAAAAUGGAAGAAUACACUAUACGAAGGUGGAGAACGUGCGCAGCAGUGUGAAACCUAG